UCGUUGUGACUCACUGCUGGACCUUCUCUGAAAACAAAAUAUGACGUGGCUAAUCCUGGUGGACAUAAACAGCACGAAAACCUGAGUCAUUAAAGUGUUUGUUGGAAAACGUUGCUAAACGUGUAGAUACUGGAGUGCAAACCGAAAUAAUAAAAUACGGUUCUUAUUUUUAAUUCAGAAGAGGAAACAACUAGGACUAUUAGCUGAGCUAACGUUACCUGCUAACAUCAGGACUUUGACAGCUGAGCGGGAGAAAAGGUAUGCACCGAGACAUUUGAUAACAUGUCAGAUAGUGAAGCUUCUUAUACAGCAGCCGAGGGUUCAGAAGCAGCACUGGAGAAGCAGAAUUCCUCUCCUGCUGAAACUCCUGACAGCUCCUCUCCAUCCACACCUGACAACUCCACUGAUGUAGCUCCAACAAGGAAAGCUAGAAGGAGACCAGAAACUCAACCUGUGGCUAAAGCUCAGGAGACACCAAAAGAGGAGGAGGAGCCAGCAAAGACAUCCAGUCAGUCAACUGUGUCUCAGGGUGGUUGGGGAUACUGGGGCAGCUGGGGCAAAUCCAUCUUAUCCACAGCAACAGCUACUGUGGCCACUGUGGGCCAAGGUCUCACUCAGGUGAUUGAGAAGGCUGAGACAUCUCUGGGAAUACCCAGUCCAACUGAACUGUCAGCUCAGGUGGAGGAGGAAGAGAAACGGCAGGAUUCUUCUCCUGUAGAUGGGGCGAACACUGAGACAGUGGGAGAUGGAUCGUCAGCAGUGGGAAGUGCGAUGGGAAUGUUGUCGUCACUCAGUAACGUCGUCCAGAGUACGGGUAAGACAGUGAUAACAGGAGGUCUGGAUGCUCUUGAGUUCAUUGGGAAGAAGACGAUGGAUGUGAUAGCAGAAGGUGAUCCCGGCUUUAAAAAGACCAAAGGACUGAUGAGACGGAACGCCACUCUUUCUCAGGUGUUGAGGGAGGCGAAGGAGCGAGAGGAGCUGCAGACAGCAGAGAAAGACUCGUCAAAUUCGGAGAAGAAGGUGGUCGCUCACUACGGGAUGCUGUUUGAUGAAUUUCAGGGUCUGUCACACCUUGAAGCUCUGGAGAUUCUUUCUCGAGAGAGUGAAUCAAAGGUGAAGUCGGUGCUCAUGACUCUGUCAGGGGAUGAGCUGCUUCAGCUUAGGGAUGAGCUGGACCAAAUCAAAGACUCCUUUUCCCUGGUGGAGUUCGAUGAUGAGGAAGUUGAUGAGAAUAAAGAUGAAGAUGGGUCAGAGUUUGAGAGGGAGUUAAAGGAGGCCAUGGAGGGUCUCAGUGUGUCUGCAACAGCAGACAAACUCAUCAAGGCCUGUAAGAGCUCCUACAGCCAGAUUAAUGACAUGACCAAGCAAGAUGUGGAUACAGAUGGAAGUGAGGAGGACGUACAGAAACACAGUGUGGAGGAGGUUCACGCCGCAGCUAUCAGGAGUCUGGCCGAGCUGACGGCACGAUCCAUCGAGCUUUUCCACAAACUGGCUGAGAUGAUCCUCUUCUCCAGUGGCAGCACAGAGGCUAGGGUCCUGUCACAGUUAACUGUUGUCCUGUGUAAAGAAAUCUCACUGCUUUCCAAGAAGUUCACCUCCUGCUUAACAACAGCAGGGUCAAAUGAAAAGGGAGACAUCCUCAACCCCCUGAUAACUGGAGUCUUUUUAGAGGCAUCCAACAGUGCAUCUUACAUCCAGGACGCCUUCCAGCUCCUCAUGCCAAUACUGGAGAUAUCUCACAUUGAAAGGAGAGCUCAGCCCACAGAGCAGUGACCCGCUGAGGUCACCUCUGCCCUCCACUGCAGCCACUAAGCAGGGACUCCGAGUCCCAGCGGAGAACUGACGCAUCUUUAAAACGUUUAUGUUGUCUGGUUUUCAGCUCAAGACAAAAUCUACUUCAAAGUCUAUUUGGGAGAGAAAAUGUCUUCUUGUCGAACAGUGUUAACUUUCUGUGCGUUGCUGGUUUAUUUGGAAAGUGUGGUAUAUGAACUCAGCUGAGUGCAGAAGGAGGAGGUCUGGAUUUAGAGGAACAACAUGGAUUUAUGAUGAGCACUUUUAUUCCAGAAAGUUAAAAACUACCUUACUUCUUCAAAGUAUCAAAUCUGCCUCAAAGAACAGCUCAGUCAUCUCAUACAGGAUAACAAACACCAAGCUAUAUCUCAGAUAAAUAAAGACAAAACAUUUUCUCUUUCCUGCAGAACAAAUUGGCUUUGGUUUCUUUGAUUGUAUCACUGGUCCUGGAAGAGCCGGGGCUUAAGUGUAUUUGCUAAACUGACUGUGAGAGGUCUGUAGUACUGUUGCUCUAAGGCCAAAUGCAGGAUGAAAUUUGGUGUUUUGUGUUAAACCUACAUCCUUAGAUUUGUUUGCCAAUAUCAGUUUUGAACAGUGCGACCACAGGGUACCAUCACAAAUCAGUAUCUCUUUCUAGCCAACAUCCCUUUUUUUCUAUUUAGACAGUCUUAGAAUUAAAUACAUAAGACUUGUAGCCAACAUUUAUUUUAUUAAUGCACUACUUUUGCUAAAUUUGACUUGACUACAGAGCUCGCAUUUUUAUUUGAUUGACUGAUUGGCUGCCCCUUGUACAAAAAAGGUGAGCAGGUGGGUGGGGCUUCUGUGCUCACAACCAGAUCUGUGUGUCUAAGAUGACCAUAUUAGGGAAGUCCCCUCUCUGUGACGUCAUUCUGAGUACAAGACUUGAAAAAAAGUGUCUGAAUAGAGUAGAGAGCAGUUUGAACCCUGAGGGUUUGAUGAAUAGGGAUUGCCUCAUUUUCCCUAACUUUGGCCGUACUCAGUAUGAGCAUCUGUCCUUGUAACAGUACACAUAUGAGAGAAAAUCCCAAUAAUUGUUAAGGCUUGAAAUGAAUUAGCCCCACAAAGUUUUGAUGCCAGAGACUAAAACCAGGCCUGAUCUCCUAAACAGCUCAAAUGCUGACAGAAAAACAAAUCAGUUGAUUAUUUCUUGUAUUUUGACACCUUGUCCUACCAGAACUUAAAUUUCACUUCCAGCCUGCUUUGGCCUUACUGUCCAUCCCCAAAGCAUGUUGGUACCAUGCAACAAAAUCGUCCCUCUUCCAAUUGAGGAAAUAAAACGUGCUGCACAGCAGAAUCCACCAAUCUGUUUCUAACCCUCAAUAUGUCAAACACUUACUUAAUAAAGCUCUCAGUAACAAAGUGUACCAACAUAAUGACUGUAAGUUUCAGUGUUAUAAGCCUGCUUCUCAGUAUUGUCAUUUAUCCAACAAGAAAGCUUCUGUCUGCCAAGAAGACAGAGGAAUGCUUACAGCUGAGCGUUGUGGGCAUGUAAGUUGAUGAUGUUUUUGGAGUAAUAUUGAGCAAUAUACUGUACUUUAUAUCAGAUGUUUGAGAUGGGAUUCAAUAAAUGUGCUUCUUUAAAGG